ACGGAUAUGGAGGAGCUCGGAGAGUGGACGCCAUCAACAGAAAAGCACUUCAAAUGUUGAAAUUUGAAGUGCUUUUCUGUUUGCAGUGUGUUGAACCUCAUGUGUUUUGUCGCAGCCUGCACAGAUGGACGUGCUGCGGACACUAAUGCGGAACAGAGGAGCUUAUUUAUCCGAAAACUCAAACCAUUACAUGCAGGUUAACGUGAACGCUAACGUUAGCUGUUUGUGUUCUUUAAGUAACGUUAGCUGCCGCACAGUAACGGUAACGGACGUCAUGAACCAUCACCGUAGAGUUUGGAGGCAUGACAUCAUCUGAGCUCCGGUCCUUGUUGACAGAGACCAGCCAAAGUUUGCCUUGACCGACUCCCUAUGUCCGAAGACUCGAGCUGCGAUGACGAAUGGUGCGUAUCCACAAAAAGGAAAUGUUGGGAAUGUGGCAAAGAAUUCAACAACAUAACAAGCUUGAUGUCGCACUACAAAAGCCACAAUAUCAAAGCCACCUGCCACGUCUGCAAGGUUACUUUCCAACGCCUGACGUCGCUUUCUACGCACCUGGAUAAUGCGCACUCGCCACCCCUCUGCAGAAAGUGCUGUGAGUCGUUCGGUAAUGUGUGGGAGUUGAACAAGCAUUCGGAGACACAUUGCGUGGGCUCUGCGUCGCUUCAAGAAGCUCCCUCUUUGAUUUCUGCGAUUGUAUGCCAGAGUCAGAACAGUGACAACGUUUCUAAUGCGGUGACUGCCCAGCAUGGCACAAAUUCAGUGCUGUGUGAGUCGGUGUCAGAAUUGAGACCUCAACAGAGAAGUGAGAUGAAACCUGAGAGACCUGACACACCUGAAAACAGUGUAGAGUAUAUAGUGGGUGAAGAUGAUAAAGAUAUUGACAUGGAGAGUGAUUGUGAGAAGGCAGGUGAUUCGUCGAGCUCUGACUCUGACGAUGAGGAUAAGACGCGCUCCAAACCUUCAGACUUGUGUCCAGAUGAUCCAGAAUCAGACGGUGACUCGAACUCAAGUUCAACUGAUUAUUCCAGUGACUCUUCCAAUAGUCCGCUCUCUAAAAACACUCCCGCAAUCCCUCCUAGUGCUAACAGUUCAGUAUGUUCUAGGUGUGGUAGAGGGCCGUUUAGGUCUAUGAAGCUCCAUUUGCUGCAUUGUAGCGGGAUAAGGGUGAAAUAUCAGUGUUCGCUGUGCAAGGAGCUCUUCCAAACUGAGACGUCUCUUAAUGAACACUACAUGCCCUUGUAUUCCUGUGACGUCUGUGGCCAAGUUUUCCCUCACGAGAACUCCUACCAACACCACCAGUGUCCCAAAGGAAGCGGAUCGCCUUUGGUCCUCUUUUGUUGCGAGUCAAUGCCGCAAGCAUGUAACAUAUGCAAAUCCUUUUUCACCUCUGAGAAGACUUUGUUCAACCAUGUCGCCAGAGUUCACACGUCAGUGGUCAGCACCAAGGUGUGCAUCAUUACCAAUCCUUCGGUGUUGACGGAUAAAAAGAUUUCUUCGGGUGUCCACGGCACAGCAGCCCAUUCAGCCAUCACUAGUCCAAAUGUAGUCAACCAGGUCAUUAAUGGGAAACUCCAUGUUGGCCAAACCUAUGCAGGGUCACUGUCCACUGUUGUGAAAUCUAGCCCUUCCUCUCUCUCGGCCUCCUCCUUCCACCCGGGCAGACCUCCUGCUCCGGUAUUCAUGGCGUCGGCCGAUGCACCUGUCAGACCAGGAAGAGACGGCACCCUAGAGCAGCCAACCAACCAGCCAACAAGUUGUCGUUCUGCGUCUUCAUUUGUCCCUGCCCCCGGUGCCACUGACACAACUCCAGCCACUGCACCCACCAACCGCGUCUCCCCGCCAACGCCCACUAUUAUGGCCAUGUUUGAAAAUGGCAGCCAUGACGUGGCUUUGACGAAACGCAUGAACACAGGUUGGCGCUCAAAGGCCCCCUACCCUUGCAGGCAGUGCGGCGCCAUCUUGCGGCAGCCCUCCCUCGUCAUCAGCCACCGCUACCUCCACCGAGGCCACCGCUCACACCAGUGCCAGUGCGGCCGAGCUUUUAAGCACCGGCUGCACCUCCUGCGACAUUGUGUUCAGCACGCAGAGACCAUAAGCUACAUCUGCGUCAGCUGCGGGGAGACUUUCACGGGAGCCAAACUCUUAGCCGAGCACAUGAAGGGCAAGUCACGGAAAAAAUCCCGUUCUGGACAUAAAUGGAAACGUAAAGUUAAGAGAAAGUGCCGAAUGCCCUUUACAUGUGACUGCGGACAACUGUUUUUUAGGCCUUCGGCUUACAUAUGGCACCAACUUCAAAACAGGACAAAAACAAAACAAUUGAAGAAGACCUUGAAAUGACGAAGAACCAACACAUCUCUGUUUUACCUAUGGUUUGUGCACCGCACUGAAUCAAGGUGUUAAAUCAAAAGGGAUCUUUCACAUGUCAUCUGAUUGUCACUGUUUUGUUUAAUGUUUGUACUGCCAAGUGACAAAAUCAAAGCAAAAUCACAUAUGCAUUCAUUCUUAAUGGCUUUUAAUUACAAGCAUGUCCUGGAUGGUUGUUAACAUUUUUUUUUCACCAUGUGCAAAUGAUACAUAGUAAACAGAGUUAGAACAAGUUCAGAAGUUCUUCUGACAACAUAUUCAAAGUACAAAUUAACCCACAAGGAACAUUGUUUUCACUAUAGGAUUAACUUAAAACACAUCAAAACUCCAGUUUAUCCUCCAGAGAAAGAGUUUGUCCAGUUUUGCUAAUGGUUCUCACAAAGUGCAUUCUUAACUGAGGUUUGUAAGGGAGUUUAAGUCCUCUUGUUUUCUGUUUUUCUCUACAGCUGAUUCAAAUGUUACAUUCGUGUGAGACACUGAAGAGGUAUUGGUAUUCAGGUUGAAAAUAGCAUAUUAAUUUUUUUAGCAUUCUUAUAUAAUCUUUAAAAUUUUAAUGUCAACAGUCCUCAAUAUUAUGUAGUUUACUGAAUUCAUGUCCACUAGAUGGAGUUGUUGGGUUGCUGAAAGAUGAGUUCACAAGGCAGCUUACACUCAAGUUUCAUUGUUCUCAGAACAGGUGUAAACCGAUGCCUACAACCUUAAAUGUAGACAUUAAUCUAUGUUUAAGUUUAAGUUGACAUCCCUUAAAACCCUACGUACUUCAGCUUUGAAAUAAAGGUUUCUUCCCACAAUA